GGCGCCGGCCCCGCUGCUUCCCCUCGAGCGGCUCCCGGAGACUUCGGGUCCCCGCCUCGCUCUUUGUUGCUCGGGUCCAGCCGGGCCGCAGCUGCGCCGCCCGGAGAGUUUCUGCGGGAGAGCCGCCGGGUGCCCCGCCGCCGUCCGUCCUUCCGUCGCCGAGGAGCCGCCGCGACCUCAUUGAUGCACCCCUUCCAGUGGUGUAACGGGUGUUUCUGUGGCCUGGGGCUGGUUAGCACAAACAAGUCCUGCUCGAUGCCACCCAUCAGCUUCCAAGACCUUCCCCUCAACAUCUACAUGGUCAUCUUUGGCACAGGCAUCUUCGUCUUCAUGUUGAGCCUCAUCUUCUGUUGCUAUUUCAUCAGCAAACUCAGGAACCAGGCACAGAGUGAACGAUACGGCUAUAAAGAGGUGGUGCUUAAAGGUGAUGCCAAGAAGUUACAGCUGUAUGGGACCUGUGCAGUUUGCCUGGAAGACUUCAAGGGGAAGGAUGAGCUAGGCGUACUCCCAUGCCAGCAUGCCUUUCACCGCAAGUGUCUGGUGAAGUGGCUGGAAGUGCGUUGUGUCUGCCCAAUGUGCAACAAGCCCAUUGCUGGCCCCACAGAAGCUACUCAGAGCAUUGGGAUCCUAUUAGAUGAGCUGGUGUAAGGCUGUCUCCUCACUAGAGAAGACCUCUUGCUUUGUGGGUGCCUGGCCCCUCUGCACAAUGAACAAGACCUGAAGAUGAGGGUGGCACAAGGCUUGGCUUCUACCAGCAGGGUUGGACCAGUGUCAAAUUGCCCAGUCCUUGCCCCUCUGGUGCCUUCUUCCCUGUUACCAGAAUAGACAGCCUCCACCAGCCAGACCACAGACCAUCUACUCUGGUACUAGCCCAUUCGCCCCUUCUCCCUUGUCCCUACCCUGGGAAGGAGUCUACCCUGGUCUGGCCAUGACUAUGGACACUUACUUCCCUUGGAGGACAAGCUGCUCUCACCUGGCUGGCUCCAUCCCCCAUCCUCCCUACCUGAGUUUUCUGUGAGAAUGUUCAAAGGGAAGGAAAGAAAGAUCAAAGAACCAAGACUUUGCAUGAAGUAGAGGAUGGCAGGGACCUAGAAAAGGAAAAGUCAAUGUUUACAUGGGACCUAGGAAACAAAGGCUGGUCUCAGGCUGGCCUACUGCAGGGGAAUGGGGUCCACCUUCCCCUGCUAGAAUCUGAGGUGCUAUCCCUUAUCUUCCCCACCCUCUGCUGAUCUCAGAGCUUCCUAUUCUGAGUUGGUUUUAGAGACACCCUCCAGCCUAGAGGAAAGACUUGUUCCACCGUCAGCCGAUUCCCAGGAGCUUUUUAAAGAAGCAAAAAGGGCCUGGGGACGGGUGAUAUCUGGAAGUGAACAGAUGUCUCUUCCUUGUUGUAAAUAGUAUUUUUAUACUUCAUCCUCACCAUCUCAGGCUUUACUCAUGGGACCCCCAGAAUGAAGGGGGUAGAGUCUCCCUUUAUUACGUGGAGUGGCUGAGCAUGGGAGGUUAUGUAUUUAAAGAAAAUUAAAUUUAAUAACAAGUGUCUCUAACCAAA